AAAGGAACCACCUCAUAUUUAUAUAAUAGAGUCCAAGGGCCUUGAUGAACAGAGGCAACAGUAUCUUAGAGAUCGUAUUCAGGACAAAGCUCGCGAACUGUCCUCUUGUUUAAUGCUUGUAGCACUUUGUGAGCUUAGUGAUGCGGUCACCAAUCAAGACUCGGCCCAAAGCCGACCCGACCACGCCGGAAUAAUAUUUUAAUACUUCUUAAGUUUUAGAAUUCUACUUGGUUUAGGAUUCUACUUUAUGUUAUUUUAAUACUUCUUAAGUUUUUAGAAUUCUACUUGAUUUAGGAUUCAAUUUCAUGUUUCUACUUGAUUUAGGAUUCUACUUCAUGUUGGAUUAGGAUUUAUUUCUAUUAGGAUUUUAGUUGGAUUUUGUUUUCCAAAUAUUAGAUGGAUUUGGAUUAGCCAAAUACUCUAAAUAUGCCUAGGAUCUAGAGUUUGUAAUCAAGUUUUUCUUAAUCAAAUUUCAGCAACCUAUUUGGGUUUUCUUAGCAAAACAGUCUUGUUUUUGCGUCUUCUUGAAAGCCAAGUUUCGGCCAUUGAAGUUUGCUCUUUCAAGGGUUUAUUUUGGUGUGUUUUCUUCACACUCGCGCUACACGCUGCGUCAGGUGGUAUCAGAGUGGUUAAUCAACCAAUCAGAUGGCCAAUCUUGAAGGUAAUGGUAGCAAUCAGCCUCAUGAAGGUGAUCAGGGGUUGUCCGCAGUUUGGAGAGCAAUCGAAGAACAACGGGAAGUAACUCGUACUAUCCAGCAACGAUUGGAGCAACAUAGCAACCAAUUGGGCACCUUACUACGAGUUGAUCAUGACAGGAACCUGAAUAAUGGGGUGAAUCAAGCCGGAGCGGGAAGACCACCUAUUAAUCAUGUCCUUGUUAAUCCUAGAAGACCAGUGAUUGAAGAUAGCGAUGAAGAGGAUGAUUUUGGUCGAGCAAUAGCUAACCCUGAUGGUAGAGGGGUUAGGAGGAAUGCGCAUCAGCACAACUACUGGGGCAACGAUGAGUAUAAACUAAAAGUUGAUAUUCCCACCUUUAGUGAAGAUCUUGAUAUUGAGGGGUUCCUGGAUUGGAUCACUGAGGUUGACCGUUUUUUCGAAUACAUGGAGAUCCCAGAUGAACGACAAGUAAAGUUAGUGGCUUACAGGUUGAAGGGCGGUGCAUCUGUUUGGUGGGAGCGAUUAAGAGAAACGAGAUUGAGGGAAGGCUGACAGCCAGUUCAGACAUGGAGACGAAUGAAGCAACUGUUAAGAGGUAGGUUUUUGCCCCCUGACUAUGAACAAUAUAUGUUUGAAUCUUAUCAAAGAUGUGCACAGGGAAUGAAGAGUGUGAAUGAAUAUACCUCUGAGUUUUUACAAUUAGCGGAGAGAAACCAAUUGUCAGAAAGUGACAAUCAACAAGCAGCUCGUUACUUGAAUGGAUUGAAGCUUGCUAUUCGUGAUAAAAUUGGGGUUCAGAUGGUUCUGAGUGUGCAAGAAGCAAGGAACUUAGCUUUAAAGGCUGAGUUAAUGUUGAGUGAGAGAUCUCGUAAUGACAACUAUCGUCGGUAUAAUGGGAAUGAAAAUAAACAACCAGCUUUUGAUAAAGGCAAGUCGGUUCAAGGAGCGCAACCCUCCAAUCCACCCCAUACAGUCAACCCUAAUAAGGCUACAACGGGGGGAAACAUUCGAGGUACUACUUCUAAUCUUCCAAAAUCCCCUAAUCCUUAUGCAAAGCCUAUUCUUUUAAAAUGUUUCAAGUGCAAUGAGGUUGAGCAUCGAUCUAGUGAUUGUCCAAGGAGGAAAACAGUUAACAUUGUAGAAAAGGAAGAGGAAGAUGUUGCUAAAGAGGAAGUAUAUUGCGGGCUUGAUGGGGAGGAUGACGAAGAAGAUUAUGGACAUGGGCAAUAUACCUGUGUAGUGAGGAAGUUAAUGCUAUCUCAAAAGAAUGAUGAUACUACUCAACGGCAUAAGCUUUUUCGCACGAGGUGUACGGCGAAAGGAAAAAUCUUUGAGUUGAUUAUUGAUAGUGGAAGUCAGGAGAACAUCAUAGGAAGAGACGUGGUGACAAAGAUGUAGUUAACUUCUAAAAAACAUCCAAGCCCUUACAUGAUUGGAUGGAUCAAAGAAGUUGGUGGCAUACAUAUGGAUGAACGUUGCAGGGUGCCUUUCUCUAUUGGUAAGUACUCCGAUGAAGUCUAUUGUGAUAUUGUUGAUAUGGAUGCUUGCCAUAUUUUAUUUGGGAGGCCUUGGCAAUUUGAUGUGGAUGCUAAGCACUCGGGUAGGAAGAACACAUAUCAGCUUGAGAAAAAAGGUGUGCGUUAUACUUUGUUACCCAUAGUGGAAAAGAAUCAAACCAAAGCUUCUAAAGUGGAGGGGCGAAAUUUUCUUACCAUUACACAUAAAUAGGGUUGGCAAUGGUUCGGUUUGGUUUCGGUUUUUGUCAAAACCAUAACCAAACCAAACUUAAAUUACUAAAACCAAAACCAAACCAUUACCCAUUUGGUUUUAAAAAUUUAAAACUAUAACCAAACCAUUCGGUUUCGGUUUGGUUUCGGUUUAACCAUGGUUUUUUUAGUUUAAUCCAUAUCAACAAACAAAGACAAAUAGCAUUCAUAAAUUUUUUUGAUAAUUUCACAACAAAUAAAGAUAAAUUCUAAUAAAGUUACCUUAUUCUUGCAUAAAGUUACAAAACUUAUUGGAUAUAAAAUCACAUUUCCAAACCUACAAUUGUUAAAAUCAAUAAAUUAAUAUAUGCAUAAUUAAAUUGUAAUUUAAGCUAAAAAAAAUUAGCUACGAAAAUUAAUUCCUUCAUCAACAACAUUAAUAUAUUCUUCGUAAAUUGAUGCAUAUCCAUCUGAAAUGAAUGAGCUAACUCCAUCUAACAAAAUUAUAAAUAUAAAAAAUAAAUUAAUAUGAAGAGAGAUGAGGUAGAGAGCGAGAGGCAGCGAGGGUGAGAGAGAUUGAGGGUGAGCGAGAGCAAGAGGGGCCGAGCCCUAGCGAGAGCAAGAGAGAUCUAGCGAGGGCGAGUGAGAGCAAGAGAGAUGCAGAGAGCUAGGGCGAUUGGCGAGCUCGCGCGGAGGAGCAAGAGAAAUGAGGCAGAAAAGGUGAGAGAGAUUGAGGGCAAGCGAGAGCAGGGUCCGAGCCCUAGCAAGAGCAAGAGAGAUCCAGCGAGGGCGAGCGAGAGCAAGAGACAUGCAGAGAGCAAGGGCGAGGGCAGGCGGACGAGCGAGAGGCAGCGAGGGUGAGAGAGAGUGAGAGUGAGGUUGAGAGAUGAAGGAGAAGAGAAGGGGAGAAGGGUUUGCAAGCAAGGCAAUUGGGUUGGGGUGGGCUAGCCUCAGGUAGGCUAGGCUCAGGUGGGCGGGGUUGUAUAUAAUAUAUAUUAUAUAUACAUAUUAUACAUAUUAUAUAUAUAUAUUCGGUUCGGUUCGGUUACCCACCAUUCGGUUCGGGUUUUGGUUUGGUUUUAGUGAAAACCAUAACCAAACCAUACCCAUUAAAACAAUGUUCGGUUUUUCCCCGAACCAAACCAUUAUCCAGUCAAACGGUUUUUAACUGCGUUGACCGGUUCGGUUUCGGUUCAAUUCCCCACGGUUUCGGUUGCAAUUGCCAUCCCUACACAUAAACACACUGAGUUUGUGAGGGAGUGUAAGGAUACUCGAGAGGUUCACUUAUUGGUUAUCAAGGGAGAGAGUGUGAGUGAGCUACUGAAGGUGAAUCAAAUUCCAGUGGAGGUGCAGGGAUUGUUGGAGGAAUUUCAUGAUGUGGUUCCUGAGGAGUUGCCUAAUGAGCUACCUCCUAUGAGAGAUAUUCAACACCACAUUGACUUGGUUCCUGGUGCUAGCUUGCCUAACCUACCACACUACAGGAUAAGUCCUAGGGAGAAUGAGAUUUUGCGUGAGCAGAUAGAGGAAUUGUUGAGAAAAGGGCAUAUUCAGACUAGCAUGAGUCCAUGUGCAGUGCCAGCAUUAUUGACACCAAAGAAAGAUGGGAGUUGGAGGAUGUGUGUUGACAGUAGAGCCAUCAACAAAAUUACUAUUGGGUACAAAUUUCCAAUUCCUUGGCUCGACGACAUGCUUGAUCAACUUGAUGGGGCUGUGAUUUUUACCAAAAUUGAUCUUAGAAGUGGUUAUCAUCAAAUCAGAAUUCGACCUGGAGAUGAGUGGAAGACAGCUUUCAAGACGAGAGAUGGGUUGUUUGAGUGGUUAGUCAUGCCCUUUGGACUAACCAAUGCACCAAGCACUUUCAUGAGACUAAUGAACCAAGUAUUACGCCAUUUCAUUGGUAAAUUCGUUGUGGUGUAUUUUGAUGAUAUUUUGAUAUACAGUAAGUCUAUUAAUGAGCAUGAGGGGCAUAUUCGAGAGGUGUUGAGUGUGUUGAGGAAAAACAAACUUUAUGCUAAUUUGAAGAAAUGUACUUUUAUGAGUGAGAGCUUGUUGUUCUUGGGCUUUGUUAUAAGUAAAGAGGGCGUAAAGGUAGAUGAGGAAAAAGUGCGAACUAUUAGAGAGUGGCCAACUCCUAAAAAUGUUAGUAAUGUGCGAAGUCUCCAUGGGUUAGCAACUUUCUAUAGGCGGUUUAUCAAACACUUUAGUAGUAUUGUGGCUCCAAUUACUGAGUGUUUAAAGAAAGGAAAGUUCCAUUGGGGUGAAGAACAAGAGCAAAGUUUCACCUUGAUAAAAGAUAAAUUAUGUACCACUCAUGUCUUAGCUUUGCCAAGCUUUGACAAAUUGUUUGAGGUUGAGUGUGAUGCGAGUGAAGUGGGUAUAGGUGCUGUGUUGUCCCAAGAGAAGAGACCAAUUGCAUUUUUCAGUGAGAAGUUGUGUGAAGCCAGAAGAAAGUGGUCUACUUAUGAUAAGGAGUUUUAUGCAGUAGUGAGGGCUCUUAAGAUAUGGGAACAUUACUUGAUUGCCAAAGAAUUUGUUCUUUACACGGAUCUCCAAGCUCUUAAGUACUUGAGUAGCCAAAGGUAAUUGAGGAGUGAUAUGCAUGCUAGAUGGUCUGCUUUUAUUGAUAAAUUUUCAUAUAAAAUUGUACAUAAGUCGGGACAGCAUAAUCGAGUGGCAGACGCUUUGAGUAGGCCUGUGGAUUUGAUCAAGACCCUUAGUGUUGAGAUUGUUGGGUUUGAGUGCUUGAAAGAAUUAUAUGCGACAGACAAGGAUUUCAAACAUGUAUGGGAACAAUGCAUGUCUCAGCAACCAUCAGGAGAUUUCUAUGUGCAUGAUGGGUUUCUCAUGAAGGGAAAUAAGUUGUGCAUCCCUUGCACAUCUCUUCGUGAGAAAAUUAUUCGGGAUUUGCAUGGUGGUGGCUUAGCAGGGCAUCUUGGCAGAGACAAGACUAUUGAAGCUGUUAUGGGAAGGUAUUAUUGGCCAAGAGCAAGGAGAGAUGUUUCUAUUAUUGUGGCGAGGUGUUAUAUAUGUCAAAUAGCUAAGGGGCACUCUUCUAACGCCGGUCUCUACAUGCCAUUGCCUGUUCCCAAUGCUAUUUGGGAAGAUUUGUCUAUGGACUUCGUGUUGGGUCUACUGCGAACCCAACGAGGCAUGGAUUCUAUUUUUGUAGUGGUUGACAGGUUUUCCAAGAUAGCGCACUUUCUUCCAUACAAGAAGACGGUAGAUGCAGUAGCUACAGCCAAACUGUUUUUCAAGGAGAUUGUUAGACUACAUGGAGUCCCUAAAACUAUUACUUCGGAUCGUGAUACAAGGUUUUUGAGUCACUUCUGGAUUACCUUGUGGAGAAUGUUCGAUUCUUCUUUGAAUUUCAGUAGCAUAGCACAUCCCCAGACUGAUGGACAAACAGAGGUGGUGAAUUGUACCUUAGGAAAUCUGAUUCGCAGUGUUUGCAAAGACAAGCCAAGACAAUGGGACCUAAUCAUAGCUCAAGCGGAAUUUGCCUAUAACAACGCCAUGCAUAGCUCAACAGGAAGAUCACCAUUCUCUAUUGUAUACAUGAAAGUUCCUAAUCAUGCAUUGGAUUUGGUAAAAUUACCAAAAGUACCAGGUUUCAGUGUUGCAGCUAGUGACUUAGCCGAACACGUUCAAGCAGUUCAGGAAGAUGUCAAGCAAAAGUUGCACGAGGCGAAUAAGAAGUACAAGGCAGCAGCUGACAAGCAUAGGAAGCACAAGGUAUUUGCGGUUGGAGAUAAAGUCAUGAUAUUCUUGAAGAAGGAACAGAUUCCUACAAGACAACAGAACAAGCUCAAGCCAAAGAAGCAUGGUCUUUACAAGAUUACAAAGAAGAUCAAUGAUAAUGCUUAUGUUAUGGAUUUGCCAAAUCAUAUGGAUAUUUCCAAAACAUUUAAUGUUGCUGAUCUUUCUUUGUAUUUGUCGGACGUUGAGUUAUCAUACCCAGAUCAUAAUUCGAGGACGAAUUCUUCUCAAGUGGAGGUGAAUGAUGCGGUCACCAAUCAAGACCCGGCCCAAAGCUGACCCGACCACGCCGGAACAAUAUUUUAAUACUUCUUAAGUUUUAGAAUUCUACUUGGUUUAGGAUUCUACUUUAUGUUAUUUUAAUACUUCUUAAGUUUUUAGAAUUCUAUUUGAUUUAGGAUUCAAUUUCAUGUUUCUACUUGAUUUAGGAUUUUACUUCAUGUUGGAUUAGGAUUUAUUUCUAUUAGGAUUCUAGUUGGAUUUUGUUUUCCAAAUAUUAGAUGGAUUUGGAUUAGCCAAAUACUAUAAAUAUGCUUAGGAUCUAGAGUUUGUAAUCAAGUUUUUCUUAAUCAAAUUUCAGCAACUUAUUUGGGUUUUCUUAGCAAAACAGUCUUGUUUUUGCGUUUUCUUGAAAGCCAAGCUUCGGCCAUUGAAGUUUACUCUUUCAAGGGUUUAUUUUGGUGUGUUUUCUCCACACUUGUGCUACACGCUGCGUCACUUAGAGUAUAUCAGUUCACUGUGGAGUUUUGAUCUGGCCGGUCUAAAAUGAAUGUGGAAUGCAAAGUGUCAGUACUGUGAGUCCAAAGCUUUUCUUUUCCAUGGGUAAUAAGUAUUUAUACAUAGGAUGUGUUGGUUGGUUCGGCUUAUUCUAUGAUAUACUUGGGAUAUGUUGGUUAGUUGGGCAUAUUGGACACUCUUAGUCUUGUUCAUCUCAACUCUCAGGUGAGUUCUAACUCAACAAAGAAAGAAAUGGUCAAGAUAAUAGUUUGCUUCAUAGUGAGUGUUGUUUCAAGUGAUGAGAGAUAAUAAACUAUAGUUUCUAGAUGGAAUUAAAGAUAUGCAAGCACUUUUUUGGUUGGCUUGAAAUAAACUUAUUCUUAAAAUAGCAAUCUUUGGUUAUCAAGAAGGGAGGGAAUCAAGAGAAAGAAGAGCAAAGGAGGUGGAUGAAGGAGAACAAAAGGGGAGGAGAUAGUGUUAAUAAUUCCUAAAUGAACCAACCUUUAAUGAUGCAGCAUAUCAAUGGAACAAGUAUUCCUUCAGGCAAAUUUAUCUAUAUCAUUUGGUGAGGCCUCUUGCCAUUUAAUAUUUUUUUUGUAGCAUCUUAAUUUUUUUCUUUGAUUGGUAAAAUAUGUAUUAUAUAUAGGUAAGAGGCCCAAGGGUUACCACCCAUGUAUAGAACAAUUUGACAGGAAAUUGAUCUUCUCAAUUCAUCAAUGCCCAUGUGUACUCAGAAAACUCGGGAAAAUCCAAUUUGUGAUUCAAGGUAGAAUGAACUCAGCUCAAGAACCAAGCAUGCAAAAGAGAACAAUUUGACCUUAAACAGAGGACUCAACACUACCAGCAAAACUAGACUGUGGUCUCCCCCAAAAAUUAUAAAAUAUCAUGAAGUACUAAGCCACCUUCUUCUAUGGCCAAUUCUAGCACCUCUCCAUGACACCAUAGCAUCCACCAAAGCAGGUAAUGUUCUUUUUUCUACAACAAAUAUCUUCAGAUCUUGAACAAUUUUGUCUUCUAUGGAGGACUUUGUUGUCACUGAAAGAUCUUUCAUUUUGUUUGGAUACAAUGUUAUAGAUAUCUUUUAAUCCUGUGCUACGAAUAAAAUUCAGUACUCAAUAGAUCAUAUUCUGUUUGGUCAUUACUGCCUGAUUGAACCUGGUUAUUGAAUUUUUACAUUAUCAAAUUUGCAAAAUCUGAAAGAGCAUAUUGAAUAUACUGAUGCUUACAAGUUUGGAAAAUAUUGAUGUUCUAACCAUAU